GGAAUUUAUUAUAAAAUAAAUGGGCAAAAUCUUCAUCUUGUUCAUCGCUCUUAUCGCCUUCAGUCAUGCUGAACUGAAAGGAGUACAGGACCUAAAAUUCUUAACUCCUUUGCAACAAGACUAUGUUGGUGAUAUCUCAGAAUAUGUUGGAAACGCAAUCAUGAGGUACAGAGAGGUUGCUAAAGACGGCCAUUCACUUUUUGGAUUUGAAAGAACCCUGGGAUUCUUGUGGCAGAAUCCACUAACUUGCGGAGUCUGUCAUUCCACUCUUCCUGCUUUGGACUUUCUUAUCGACAACUCUAUUGUUACUCCAGGCUUAGAGAAAAUCAUAGCUUACUUCUGUGGAAAAUCUCUGGCUUAUGAAGUCUGCCUCGGGGCUAUCCAAGAAAUGGGUAGCAUCAUUGUACCAGAGGUUAUGAAGUUUUUGAUUGGUCCAAAGUAUGCAUGCUCUAGACUUGUAGGAGUGUGCAAAAACCCUCAUUUCAAAACUGCUGAUCCUCAAGACUAUAUCGAUAGAGUUCUCUCUGAUAAGCCUGAUUUCAUUAAGGAUAAUGAUUAUGUCAAUGCUCAAUAUAGGAAAAUAGCUGCUGAUCCUAACCCGAGGAAAACUGUGAAAGUACUCCAUUUGUCAGAUAUUCAUCUCGAUUUUGAAUAUAAGGAAGGAACAAAUGCACAUUGUGAUGAGCCCCUCUGCUGCAGAGAAAGAUAUGGACCAGCUCCUACACCUGAGGCAGCAGCUGGUAAAUAUGGAGCACUUGCUGAUUGCGAUAUCCCUGUGAUCACUGCAGAGUCAGCUUUUAAGUUCCUUAACAAUAUGGACGAGAAACCUGAUCUGAUAUUCUGGACCGGUGAUAGUACUCCACAUGAUAUCUGGAACCAGACUGUGGAGAGGAAUGCUCUAUAUGCUACUAAAAUUAGCGAGUUUUUGCAAGUGCAUCUUCCAGAUGUCCCUGUAUUCCCAACUCCAGGGAAUCAUGAGUUCUUCCCAGUUAAUGUAAUGAGCUAUGAUGAGCAAGAUCCUUUCCUUAAAAAGAUUGCAUCAGUUUGGAAACAUUGGCUCGAUGAAGAAAGCUUUGAACUUUUUGAAAAAUAUGGAUAUUAUUCAAUGCCAAUGAAAGGAAUGAACAACUCUUGGGAAAAUGUCAGAGUCCUUUCUAUUAACACUGAAGCUUGUAACGGCCAAAAUUGGUACUUGAUUUCUCAAACUAACGACCCAGGAAAUAUGCUCGCAUGGAUGGAAGAAGAAUUUAAGAAAAUGGAGAAAUCAGGCGAGAAGGCAUUCAUCAUUGGGCAUGUUCAACCAGGAGGCGGAACUUGCCUAAACGCGUGGUCUGAAAGAUAUAGAGCUUUAAUGGAAAGGUAUCAACAUCUCAUCCUUUCUAACUUCUUUGGACAUACUCAUUCAGAACAGAUUUCUUUAAUCACUGACACUAAGAAUCAGAGCGCAAUACACGUAUAUCAUGCUCCUGGGAGUUUGACUACUUACAGUAGCCAUAACCCUCAGUUCAGAAUUUUAGAUAUAGACUAUGCUACAGGAUAUCCUGUGAAAGCCCAUAAAUACUUCUUUAACAUUACAGAAGCUAAUCUUGGAAAUCCAGAAUGGAAGGAGCAAUAUGAGCUUACUGAGGAGUACGAAAUGAAGGAUUUCUCACCAGAAAGUUUCUACAAUCUCACUCUCAGAUUUAGAGAUGUUCCCGGGGUUGCAUCUAGAUACAAAUGGAAUGUAGGCGGCAGACCUUACCCACUCAGCCAUUACAACUGUAACUCAGCUGGAUGUAUGAAAGGUCUUUAUUGCACUGUUAGAAACUUCCUUAACUUUGAGUCAAAGGAUUGUAGAGGAAGUAAGAGAUAUGAUUUCAGAAAUAACCUUGCUGAUUCAGUCGCUGAGAUUGCUCUGAACCCAUUUUUAGAGCAUGUUGAAUAA